AUGGAUAUUUAACUCAGAUACUAGAAUGAUUAGACUGUCUUUAAUGGAGUGGAAUCAUAUGACGAUCUUCAAUAAGAAAUCUAAUUAAAAUAUCCACUCUUGAUAAAUAUUGAAUUGACGUAUUAAGAUGAAGAGGGCGAUGUAAUUUAGGUCUCAAAUACAAGUGACAUUAUUGCGAUAACAGAUUUAAGUAAAGUGAUCCUUUAAAUGGAUGCUUAAAUUGAUUAUGUAAAGUUGGGAGAAUUAGAAAGACUUGAAAGAGAGGAAGAUUAAAGAUAGAGAUUACUUCAAGAUAGAAGAAAUCUAUUGUAAUAUGAAAUAAAAAAAGAAAUGGAAAAUUAUGAAAUAUUUAAUUUAGAGAAGAGUGCGAAUGAAAGUAAAUACAAUGAAGAAAUUGAAGAACUAAUGGAUCGCUGCAAAAAACUGAAAGAUACAGAGAGAGAACCUAUUAUAGAUUUUAAAAUAAUCUUUUAGAAUUCAAACAUAUUAGGUCUCAUUAGAGAGAAGGAAUCGAAUUUAUUGUUAAUGGAAGACAAAACAGGUUUCGACACUAAAUUACAGUCAAUCCAAAGGGAGGUUGAUGAUGCAUUUGGAAACCUGUUGUAAUAAAGAAUUUUGGAUCAUCAGGCUAAGCAUAACAAUUGGAUAGAAAAAAAAUGCUAAAUUAACAAGAUUUACCAAGAAUUGCAGAUAUUGGAGACUGAGAAACAGGAGCAAUUGGAAAGAUUGGAUAUGAUAUUGAAAAGAUCAUAAGAAAAUAUGGCCAAAAUGAAGGCAUAGUUAAAUUAACCUCCAAGCAAUGAUGAUUAUUAAUUUGAUUCAUUUAUGUUUUGA